CCGUAGUACAGCUAUGGCUGCCAAUAGCGAAAUAAGGAUUCUUGCCUAUGUCAUCCUUUCUCAGUUUGUACUAUUGGCAAGGGGUGCAGAUGAUAUUUUGGUUGGUUGCGGAGGAUUCGUUAAAUCUGAUGUGGAAAUUAAUUACUCUCUUAUCGAGAUAAGGCUGUACACCAAACAGGGUUCCCUCAAAUACCAGACGGACUGCGCACCCAUAAACGGCUAUUUUAUGAUCCCUCUCUACGACAAGGGUGAUUUCAUCUUGAAGAUCGAACCUCCUCUGGGAUGGAGCUUUGAACCCACUGCUGUGGACCUACAUGUGGAUGGAAUCUCUGACAUCUGCACCAAAGAACAGGACAUCAACUUCUUCUUCACCGGCUUCUCUGUGACUGGAUCGGUCCUGAGUAAAGGUCACCUGCUGGGCCCGGCAGGUGUAGUGGUGACGUUGAGAAGAGCGGGAGAGGAUGCAAUCCUUCAGACCACUCUCACACAGACAGGAGGACAGUAUACUUUCUCCAAGGUGCUUCCAGGAAAUUAUGACAUCACUUCCACUCAUGCAUCAUGGACCCUGGAACAGAGCACAACCACGGUGACAGUUUCCAACGGCAACGCCCCGGCAGCAGCGCCCCUUGUGGUGAGGGGAUAUGAUGUUUCGGGCGAGGUUCAGAGCGACGGAGAACCUAUGAAAGAGGUUAACUUCCUGCUCUUCUCUGCCACCAUGACCACAGAGGACAUCAGUGGGUGUGACACAGCUCUAGUGGAUGGAGCGUCUUCAGGAGACGCCUCCCUCACUUACCUGUGCAGUACACAGUCUGGAGAGGACGGCACCUUCUCCUUCCCAUGCCUCGGCAGCGGGGAGUACACUGUGGUGCCGUAUUACAGAGGAGAGAGAAUCACGUUUGACGUGGCUCCGUCUCGGCUGGACUUCAGAGUAGAGCAUCGCAGUUUAAAACUAGAGCCAAUAUUUCAAGUCAUGGGCUUCUCAGUGACGGGAAGGGUCCUUAAUCGCCCCGAUGGGGAGGGUGUCCCGGACGCUUCCGUCACCCUCAAUAACCAGAUUAAAGUCUUAACCAAAGAGGACGGCUCUUUCCGUCUGGAGAACAUGACCACAGGGACUUACACAAUCCACACUCACAAAGAGUUCAUGUUCUUCGAGCCGGUCACGGUGAAAAUCGCUCCGAGCACUCCUCAGCUCCCAGACAUCGUCACUGCCGGAUUCAGUGUGUGUGGUCGUAUCUUGAUCACCCGUUUGCCUGAGGGGAUAAAACAGUUGGGCCGAUACAGGGUCACCCUCUCUCCCAGAGGUCAGGACCACAUGGCUAUCCAGACCACUGACAGUGACCACCAGGGAGCCUUCUGCUUCCAGGCCAAACCAGGAGACUACAGCGUACAGGUCACCCUCCCCGAAUCCGAAGUCAGAGCUGGACUCGGCCUGCAGCCUCACUCCCUGGACAUUUCUGUGGUCGACCACCCGCUGAACGAGCUGCUUUUCACCCAGUUCAUCACGUCUGUUUCUGGUUCUGUCUCCUGUCUGGCGGCGUGCGGAGAGUUGCCGGUGAGUCUCCAGCCUGUGAGCAGACAGGGCGAGAGGAUAAACGUGCAGCUGUCCGGCAGCAGCGACACACUCACCUUCAGUUUCAAUAACGUCCUGCCUGGGAAGUACAAAGUGAGCAUCGCUCAUGAGGAGUGGUGUUGGAAGCAGAAGUCGGUGGAGGUGGAGGUGGUGGACUCAGACGUGCUUGGGGUGGAGUUCAGACAGACAGGCUACAUGCUUCGCUGUUCCCUGUCUCACGCCAUCACCCUGGAGUUUUUCCAGGAUGGCAGUAAGCCGGAGAAUGUGGGCGUGUAUAAUCUGUCUAAGGGGGUGAACCGUUUCUGCUUGUCCAAACCAGGGGUGUACAAAGUGACUCCUCGUUCUUGUCACCAGUUUGAGCAGGAUUACUACACCUACAACACAUCUGCUCCCAGCAUCCUCACACUGACUGCUGUCAGACAUCACAUGACCGGACUCAUCACCACCAAUAAGAUAAUGGAUGUGACCGUCACAAUCAAGUCGUCGAUCGAGAGCGAGCCGGCGCUGGUCCUGGGUCCCCUCCGCUCGCUGGAGGAGCAGGAACGGGAGCGUCGUCUGCAGGAGCUUGCGGCCCAGAGGCAGGAGAGGGAGAGGAACGGAGAGGAGGCAGGCUCUCCCGAGGAGGAGCAGCUGGAGGAGCUCCAGGAGCCUUUUCAUUACGAGUUCUCCUACUGGGCCCGUGCUGGAGAGAAGAUCACGGUGACUCCUUCAUCCAAAGAGCUCCUCUUUUACCCCCCUGAGGUGGAGGCCACAGUUACUGGAGAGGGCUGUCCGGGUCGGAUGGUGGAGAUCGCUGGGAGAGCAGGGCUGUUUCUGGUUGGGCAGGUGUCUCCUGAGCUGAAGGACGUGGAGAUCACCAUUAAAGAGAGAGGAGCUUCAGUGCCCCUGGUUACAGUCCACACCGACGAGACUGGAGUCUACAGAGUGGGUCCUCUCCACAGUGAUUCUGAGUACGACGUGAAAGCCAGUAAAGAGGGCUUUGUCCUGACCCCCGUCGAGGGAACCCUGGGCGAUUUUAAAGCGUUCGCGCUGGCUGGAGUCACGUUCGAGAUAAAAGCUGAAGAUGGGUCACCUCUCUCAGGCGUCUUACUCUCUCUGAGUGGAGGAAACUUCCGCUCCAACCUGCUCACUCAGGACACAGGACUCCUCAACUUUAAUAAUCUGAGUCCAGGUCAGUACUACUUCAAACCCAUGAUGAAAGAGUUCCGUUUCGAACCUGCGUCUCAGAUGAUCACGGUAGAGGAAGGGCAGAGCCUCCAUAUCCCCAUCACUGGCUUUAAAACAGCCUACAGUUGCUAUGGCACGGUUCAGUCUCUGAGUGGCGACGCGGAGCAGGGCGCGGCCGUGGAGGCGGUGGGACAGGGAGACUGCAGCCUGUACAGCGAGGACACGGUGACGGACGAGGCUGGACGAUUCAGACUCAGAGGCUUACUGCCUGACUGUACCUACAUGAUCCAGCUGAGGGCUGAGGGGAAUGAUCACAUCGAGAGAGCGUUACCACAACACAGAACCGUCCAGGUCGGGAACAGUGACAUUGAAGGUGUGAACAUCAUUGCCUUCAGACAGAUCAAUCAGUUUGACCUGAGUGGAAACAUCAUCACUGCCCCGGAGUACCUGCCAACGCUCUGGGUGAAACUGUAUAAGAGUGACAACCUGGACAGUCCUUUCCAGAGCGUGUCGCUGGGCCAGUCCCUCUUCUUCCACUUCGCUCCGUUACCGCGCGACGGAGAGAGCUAUGUUUUGAUGCUAGACACCACGCUCUCACGCUCCCAGUACGACUUCAAACUGCCUCAGGUCUCCUUCACCUCGUCCGGUUAUCACAAGCAUGUCACUCUGUCCUUCAACCCUACGAGGAAGAUCCCUGAUCAGGACGUGGCCCAGGGCUCCUACAUUGCUCUGCCCCUGACUCUGCUGCUUCUGCUCGCCGUCUACAACCACGAGAAGGUGAUUCCACUUUUCCUCCAGCUGGUCAAUCAGAUCCAGGGCGUUCGGGCGCUGGCCCAGGCCAGCGGAGACGCCGCCAUCACAGACGACACCAAACGCCAGUCCAAAAAACAGAAAACCAGACGCACAUGAGAGCCGCAAACCGCUCCCAUCCUUCCUUAUCUGCCUAAGUCUGUGAGGCUAACGAUCCGGGAAGUUUCUUCGGAGCGUUCGGAAUGACCGGCACCUGUGACUGAAGACUCACGUUUCUGUCAAAUGACGUUGCCUUCACAUAUUGGUUAUUUAUUAAAGUUGAAUCAUGGAAAAAAAAGGAGAAAGAGAAGGUUUAAAAAAAGAAAUAAAGAAAACUGAGAGCCUCGUGUUUUAGAUCAGAACAAACCCGUUCAGUUCAGUUUGGUCUGAACUUUUGGCCUCUUCCACUGUCAGUUCCCUGUCUCUCUCUCCCCUUCUCUCUCUCUCUCUCUCU